GGUUGCUGGAGUUUGAUAACCAAGCUGCCUUUAUUGGUCGGUGAGGGGACUGAGGUCGGGAGAGCUGCACUACUUGCCUGAGUAAAGGCUUCACCUCCCCAGGAAAGGGUCUGUGUCUCUCUCUCCCUCUCCCCCCGUCCUCGCUUCAACACUUCAGGCCAGUCUCGCUGCUGGUUUGGCUGGCUUUGGGAUUCCAGUGCGCCUGGCGAUGGCACGGACCUGUGAGCUGUGUUCCCCGAACUGGCGAAGCGACAGUGGCAGAGUUACUGCCCGACCCUGUGCCCUGUGAAUUUGGGACCCCGGAGAAUUGUCAGGAGGACUAACUUCCCGUGAAUCCCAGUUUCCGACAGUAAAACAUCGCAGGCAAAUGGAGCGCAAGAAAUUCCGCAGAUGUCUUCCCCAGAUCGACCCGUCCAGCGCCCUCUGGUCCCUAUUGCUGCAUCUGUUCUUCCUGAGAGGAAUUCAAGCGGGUCAUAUUGACUACACUGGUCCCUGUUACGGACGAGAUUGUUCGGUCUGCCAAUGUUUCCCUGCUAAAGGAGCCCAGGGACAGCCAGGCUUACUAGGAAGACACGGUCCACCAGGUUCCCCUGGACUUCAAGGCCCACAAGGUCCACCGGGAGAGAAAGGACAAAAGGGAGAUCGUGGCCUGCCUGGAUUUCCUGGAAUUAAAGGAGAUGGAGGUGCUACUGGUGUUCCUGGCUUUCCAGGAUUAGACGGCAUUCCGGGUUUACCAGGGCUGCAGGGCCCAAGGGGCCCUCCUGGAUUGGAUGGUUGCAAUGGAACUCGAGGAGACGCUGGCCUUCCAGGCAGUGGGGGAUAUCCAGGAAGACCCGGCUUGCUGGGAAUACCAGGACCAAAAGGGUCAAAAGGAGAUUCCAUAACUGCUACCUUUCCUUUGAUGGGUCCCCCGGGAGACCAAGGAUUCCAAGGCCCAAGUGGCUUUCCUGGUCUUCCAGGAGCUUCGGGUCUUCCAGGUUUCGCAGGACCAAGAGGCCCACCAGGUUUUCCAGGACCUCCUGGUUUACAAGGGUUACCUGGUGACCAGGGCAUUGGAUUUCCAGGACAAAAAGGCGAGAAGGGUGAACAAGGUGACCCAGGCCAUAUUGAACUCAUUGAGCCUCAGGAAGAAAUUUUCUAUAAAGGAGAUCAGGGUGAGAAAGGCCCUCUAGGGCCUCCUGGACCUAUUGGAUUUCCUGGACCUUCAGUUUUCCCCACAGCUCCUGGUGAAAAGGGUGAAAAGGGUAUUAUUGGUUUUCCUGGCAAUCGGGGUGAUCCUGGGAAGGAUGGCUUUGCAGGUGCUCCAGGAAGAAAGGGACAAUGUGGACCCAGAGGUUGGCCUGGUACUGAUGGCUCUCCAGGGACAAAGGGUGACAGAGGUGACCUAGGACCUGUUGGACCCCCAGGACCCCCGCUAACAUCCUGUGACUCUCAAAAAGGUUAUACCAGUGACUAUUCCCUCCCCAACAGCACUGGGGGUGUACCUAUAACAUAUGGACUGACUGCAGCAGUUCAAACAGGGGUGGCUCACUGCCACUUCUCAAAGGAAAUUAGGAAUGGAGAUGUAGGUAGACGAGGCUUCUCAGGCAGUAUCGGUGAACGGGGACUGCCAGGACCCCCUGGUCAACAAGGCAGACCAGGUGUAACUGGAUCAGGUUUACCAGGUCUUCCAGGGUUUCCAGGUUUUGAUGGUCCUAAAGGAGAGGAAGGACAGAAAGGCAGUGCUGACUGUCCAUUACCAAACAUCAUCCCAGGUCCUCGAGGGCUGACGGGUUCACCAGGUCCUCGAGGUCUCCCAGGUGUCAAAGGCAGCCCAGGUUUCAUUUGUGAAACAACGGGACCUCCAGGGUUACCAGGUCUGAAAGGUAACCAAGGAGCUCCGGGUCAAAAAGGAGUCCAUGGUUUAAAAGGAGAUCCAGGGGACUGUGCCUGUCUUCCGGGUUUGCCAGGAUCCCCAGGAAAUCCAGGUAGGCCAGGCAUUCCCGGAAAUCCUGGAAAUCCAGGAAGAAAGGGAGAGCAGGGUGACCGUGGACCAUCUGGACCAGCUGGAUUGCCAGGACUUCCUGGACCUUCUGGAAGGCAAGGCCCUCCUGGUGCAAAGGGACACAAAGGAAUAUCAUCACAGGUCGCAAAGAAAGGAGAGAAAGGAAUUCGAGGUAAUCCAGGACCUCCAGGUGUUGUUGGAAGAGCUGGAGAACCUGGUCAACAUGGAAUUCCAGGACCUAUUGGCUUACCGGGAAUCCCAGGUGAAUCAAAGUGUGGAUCUCGAGGGGAGAAAGGUUUCCAGGGCCACGCAGGGUCUCCUGCACUGCCAGGACCACCCGGACCCCCAGGUGUGGGUUACCCUGGUCUGAAAGGACAAAGUGGCCCUGUUGGAGAUCAAGGGUUUACAGGCGAACAGGGUUCUAAAGGACAGAAAGGCCAGAAAGGUGAUUCUUCAUGUCCAAGAGUCCAAGGACAACAGGGUCCAAAAGGAUUGCCAGGGCCACCAGGGCCAAGAGGUUUUCCAGGAAACCCUGGCAGACCAGGAAAUAUCGGCUUUGAUGGGUUCAAAGGCCUGAAAGGAGAAGCAGGCCUUUGGUCGUAUGCUGGAGCGCCAGGUUUUCAAGGCUUGACUGGUGACCCAGGUCCUCAAGGACCUCCUGGACCAACAGAAAAUGGAGCUCCAGGCUCUCCGGGUGCUCCUGGUAUUCCAGGGGAAAAAGGCCCACCUGGUGAUUCGUACGAUGGUCCUCCAGGGAACCCUGGACCUCUUGGAAGAAGAGGAUCAUCAGGUGCAGUAGGAGAUAUUGGAAAUCCAGGACCACCAGGAAGGCAAGGUGUAUGUGGGCCACCAGGACCUCCAGGUCAAAGAGGACCAUCUUGUGAUGUAAUGUCAACUGGACCGCCAGGAGAUGAAGGACCACCAGGUUUUGAUGGCCCACCAGGUCCUUCUGGUUUCUCCGGUGACCCUGGGCUGCCUUGCUUACCAUUUGCAGGGGAUCCUGGAGAUUUGGGCCGAUCAGGUCAAACUGGUGUUCAAGGCCCACCUGGAGAGCAGGGCCCAUGUGGCCAACAUGGUCUUCCAGGGCCACCAGGUCCACAAGGUACAAUGGGUGAUCAGGGCUUUCCUGGGUUCCCUGGGCUUGAUGGACCACCAGGAGUUCCAGGUGAUCAAGGUGAACGUGGCUGUGUCGGUGCACCAGGACCUCAAGGUGAUCCAGGCCCACCUGGUCCAGUGAUUAGAGACGUUGAAAUGGAUAAAAGUAAUCUUAAAGGAGACCCAGGGCCCCCAGGACCCUCUGGCCUUCCAGGACCAUCAGGAUCAACUGGACCUACUGGCCCCUGUGGCCCUACAGGACCCAAAGGCAGAAAGGGGGAGCCUGGAAGACCAGGGCCUGAUGGUCCAUCAGCUCCCCCUGGGCCUCGAGGAAACAUUGGCCCACUUGGGCAACGGGGACUUAUUGGAGACCAAGGCCCUCCUGGGAAACCAGGCCCACCAGGAAAUCAAGGAAUAUGUCUUCCAUUCUCGGCUGGGUUCUUGAUUGUGGUUCACAGUCAGUCACAGGAGGUACCCACAUGUCCUCAAAACAUGCCUCGUCUUUGGCAAGGAUAUAGUUUGAUUUAUCUGAAGGGCCAAGAAAAAUCUCAUAAUCAAGAUCUUGGUCUAGCUGGCUCUUGUCUGCCAAUGUUCAGUACUAUGCCAUUUGCAUAUUGCAGCAUUGAUGAAGUUUGUCACUACGCUACUAGAAAUGACAAAUCCUAUUGGCUGUCUACCACCGCCCCUAUCCCCGUGAUGCCACUUGUCGAACGAGAGGUCGAACCUUACAUCAGCAGAUGCUCUGUCUGUGAAGCUCCUUCAGCUGCUGUGGCUAUACACAGCCAGGACCAGACCAUUCCCUCCUGCCCUUCAGGGUGGCUCAGCCUUUGGACUGGAUACUCAUUUCUGAUGCACACAGGAGCUGGUGCCACAGGAGGAGGUCAGACUCUAGCAUCACCUGGGAGUUGUCUGGAGGAUUUCCGCUCGACACCAUUCAUUGAGUGCCAGGGGGCUCGGGGCACCUGCCAUUACUUUACUGAUAAAUAUAGCUUCUGGCUGACAACUGUGCAACCAAGCCUCCAGUUUAAAUUAAAUACUCCUUCAGAAACUCUGCAAGUAGAGCAAUUACAAAGACAACGAGUCAGUAGGUGUCAGGUUUGCCUGAAACAAUAAAUCAUUUUACCUGCAUUGAAACUCUACAAGGAAUGCAUACGGUAAGACUUUUCAAUUAAAGGAAGACAACAAUGCAGGCCCAAUGGCUUAUGGUGCUCAUUUAAUUUCUCUCUCUAAGCAGAUCUUCAAUUUCAACCGUUUAGAAAAAGUAUAUCAGGAGAAUGUAAAAUGUACACUGGUAUGAGCAUGCUUACAAUAAUCAAUAUAUUCAAAAGUUAAAUGUAAGGAAGUUCGAUUUUAUAUGAAAUGUACAGCAACUUAAUUGAAAUUGUCGGUGCAAUUUAACUUAUGGAUCUGUAAAAUUAUUUUUUAAAAGCUGAAAUAUUUUUGUCACCUGGUCUUAGAAAGAAGUUGUAAAAUUAAGGGGAUGAUAAACCACUCGUUCAUAGUCAGAGCAUUUUAAAGUGGUCUGUAAAAAAGAACUAUGUUAUUGUAACUAGCAAACUCCAUAUCAAUAACUCAGACAUGUUCCGAGCAGGGGUCGUGCAAAAGCAUCUGAAAUCUGGAAGGGGUUUCAGCGUAUUGGAUUGUGACAUUUCAACAGGUGCAACCUCACUGUGACAUCACUUUUCGGUUUGAUACAGUGAGCCAGUGGGUGUGCCACAGACUGGUUUCAGUACAGAGUAAGAGUAAAGAGGACUGUAACACUCUUCUUCAGCAACAGGAGGAAGAAACGCACUACUGAGUUGGAGAAAGGGUGUCUGGAGAUGCCCAAGAUAUCAGCAUUAUGCCACGUUUCAAUACAGAGUGUUCAUUGACUUAAUCAGCUCAGGAAAGGUGAGUUCAAAUGCAUAUUCAUCAACAUCCAGACGCACACAUUGUCUUCCCCAGCCCCAGCUUUACUUUGUCAAGCCUACUCCAUUAGAUGGAGCUUCACAUUCACUUUGUUUAUAGGUGCCCCUAUUGUACAGCUCUUAACAUCCCAGUUAUCCAUCCAGCACUGCCACCCAUCCCGAUUCUGAUAUGGAUUUGAUGCUACUCCCUGAUAUGCACCCUUAUCGAAUAUACUGUACCUGCUUGUGAACCACCAGUCAUUCAUGCUCCCAUUGAGCAAGAGAGCAUGGAAUACUAUUGAAAAGGGAGUACUGGGAUUUCCCAGUUGGCAGCAAUGUAAAUAUAAAGCUGUUUUGAUGUACUUUACCAUAAAACAUGGAGAAAUUGGGACUUACAGUCAGAGAGAUCUACAGCACUGAAAAAGACCCUUUGGCCUAUUGUACCCUUCAUAUCAAA